AUGGGUAAGGGGGCACGCCGCGCCGCACGCACACACAUGCCUACACACUCACACACCCCCCGACUGCGCAUGGCUUCUCAGGCCCCACGGCCGUCAUGCCGGGCAGUUGGAUCCCUUCCCACGACGUGGGACCUUUCGCCGCCGCAUCUCCCUGAAUCCCUCCCCGGUGGACAAAUCCAAAUUUUUUUGCUUCCUCGACCCAGGCAAUGGUACGGUCCCGGUGGCCUGUCCCCCAGCUGGGUCUGGUCUGUGUCUGGGGUGGCCCUGGGCUUUGACGUCUCUUGGUCCUCUCAUCGUCACCGUCCGCGCUCCCUUCAUAUUAAGUUGCUUGCUUCCCCAGAGCUUGCUACUUUUUCUUUGGUCUCGCUCUGCUUGUUUUAUCUUUGCUUUUCCACCGUUGCUUUUCAUGGUUACAUCAUCAGUCUCGAGCAUCAACACGCUUUCCUCCCUUCCACGAGACUAGCAAAACAAAUUCUUGCCCACACCAAUCUGGACCACCAGCUCCACGAUACCGUUUUUCUCCCUCGAUUCUUGAGCCCACCGAAGACGUUGCAGGAACUGCACCUGCCAACUGCGCAUACACCGAGGAUCAACCAAGAUGAAGAGGACCGGCUACAUGACGGGAGGCCGUCGAGGCGGCUCCUCGGGGAGCAUGAAGUCCAAGCUUCCGCCCUUUCCCACGACACAGAUGUUUCGCUCUGCAGAAUAUGCGAACCGAUUGCAUUCAUGUCCAUCUUCCCCUACGUCUAUAAGAUGGUCGAACACUUCAACAUCACCGAAGACAAGAGCAAGAUUUCCGUCUACGCCGGCAUGAUCACAUCCGCAUUCACUUUGGCCGAGUUUUCCACAGGAGUCGUUUGGGGAAGACUGAGCGACAAGAUUGGUCGCAAGCCUGUCCUCUUGAUGGGCCUCUUUGGCACGGCCUUGAGCUCUUUGGUUUUCGGAUUUGCCCCCAACUUGACGGUUGCACUCAUUGCGCGAGCUCUCGGUGGUCUGUUGAACGGAAAUAUUGGUGUCCUGCAAACGACUGUCGCGGAGUUGGUUACGGUCAAGGAGCAUCAGCCCCGCGCAUACACUAUUAUGCCCCUAGUUUGGUGUCUUGGCUCAAUUGUCGGACCUGCUCUUGGUGGCUUACUCGCCGAGCCUGUUCAAAGUUACCCGCAGUACUUCAAAGCGGGCUCGAUCUGGGACCAGUACCCUUUCCUCCUGCCCAAUCUUUUCAGCGCCGCCACUGUCUUCUGCGGAGUUGUCAUCGGUCUGCUCUUUCUGGAAGAAACCCACGCUGAGCGCAAGAAGAGGAGAGACCCCGGUGUGGAGUUGGGAAAGCGCAUCAUCUCGUGGGUGUCGGCCAAGAGCUGCCAAAUCCCUGCGCGGAAGGCGGAGAAGCAGGCACUGCUCGACGAUGAUGAGCUCCCCGGCUACCGCACGAACGAGAGCUCUCCUCAACUUGUGGGAUCCGAGUCUACUAUCCCCGAGCCAACCGAGACUCUGAACCUCACAGAGGCAUCAAUCAUUGACGAAAUUGCUGAGCCGCCCAAGGUGAUCUUUACCAGACCUGUCAUCUUGAACAUCAUCUCCUACGGCAUCCUGGCCUUCCACACCAUGACCUUUGAUCAACUGUUCCCCGUCUUCCUCAGCACGACGCCUCGCGAGCACCCGGACGUUCACCUUCCUUUCAAGUUCCCCGGCGGCUUCUCGAUGGAGACCAAGUCCAUUGGCAUCAUUCUCGCGGUUCAGGGUGUCUACUCCAUGAUCUCGACAGUCUUCAUCUUCCCAUGGGUUACCAGACGCCUCGGUCCUCUCCGGCUGUUCAGACUAUUGGCUAUUUCUUACUUCUUGCUCUACCUGACGACACCCUACCUAGCUCUGUUGCCUGAGAACUUGCGAAUCAUCGGCAUCUAUAUCAUGGUUAUCUGGAAGUGCACCUUCUCGACCAUGGCCUACCCCAGCAAUGCGAUUCUGCUCACAAACUCGGCACCGAGCCUCAUGUCCCUCGGAACUAUUAACGGCGUUGCCGCCUCGACAGCGAGCUUGUGCAGAGCGUUCGGGCCGACCAUUUCGGGCUUCCUUUACACUCUUGGUAUUCGAACCGGCUACUCCGGACUUGCUUGGUGGACCAGCGGUGCCAUUACCAUUUUCGGCGCCUUCCUAAGCAUGCAUCUUACCGAGCCCCGUGGACGCUUGGACGAGCCUGUCAGAGAUAUCGAGACGGCAGUGGAACCCACUGAGAUUGAGGGCCUGCUAGUUCCCCUGGACGACGACGAACACGAGGUUGAGGCCGGCCCCAGCCGGAGAUCCGGGCUGCAUGACUGGAUUUCAGUUCUUGCGACGAUCCUCGACCAUUUGUUUUUGUAUACGGAUUGUUCUAUUGGACAAGGAGUUGGAAAUACCAUGGAGGCCCAAGGGAACAGCCGACACUGGAAAGAGAUGGGAGACAGAAGACAGGGAAACCGCAAAGGGCGCAACAAAGAGAAAAAAGCAAAUGGCAUUUUUGGGGGGAAUACCACAGAGGACCGGACGUACCAAACCAACCCGAGGAAAGAGAAGCGGAGGAGCGGGAAGGAUUUUGGCAAGGAAGGGAAUUUUUCUCCUCUGCCGGGAAACUCGAUUUGUUCUGUGGGGGCCUGUGAAGACUUGCAAAGCUUUGAUUACAACUGUAAUGACAACCGUGACAACUUACAACCCCAUGAGCUUGAAGGCCGCGGCGUCUUUUCUCUCGGGCGGUUUCUGUUCAGCGCCAAGCGAAACAUUGGUGACGUACAUGCUCGUACAUGGGAUUGA